CACAGCGCGGGCAACCGAAAAGGUCUAUAUUUUCAUCCCCACACCAUCGCCAGCAGCAGUCAGUUAGCAGCGAAAACAAAAGCAAUCGCAGACACCGGGACACCAUGGCGGCCCAGACAAUCCUUUUUGAUUUCACCCUGGACAAGGACAAAACUGGCGAUGAGAAGCAGCGGCAGGACGUUGCGAAGAUCCUGCGGAACGAGUUGGAGCACAUCUUCCCGCAGCUGGAGCUGGCCUACUGCAUGGAAUCUCCGGAGAACGGGUACUUUGCGGUGCUGCACGAGAACAAGGACACCGUGAUCACCGUUAGGAUCUUCCAGCACGGCCUUCUGACGCUCAACGUGGAGUACUUCCUGCCGGAGGGCAAGGAGCCGGUCCUGUCAUUCGAAACCAUGCGCACAAUGGAACUGAUUCUGCGGCAAAAGUUCGAUUCCGAUCGGUCCAAGUACCUGCCCCCGAUAAAGCGCGGCGGAUACAUUGACAAUUACAUGACUAGCACAGAUGAGCGCAUCAUCGAGUACGACAUCGACAAGGUGGUCUACGAGGCGCGCUCGCCCUUCCAGAAGAUCCAGAUCAUGCACUCCAAGACACUGGGCAACAUGCUCCUGCUCGACGAGCUGCAAAACAUUGCUGAAUCCGACUUGAUCUACACGGAGACACUCAUGUGUCGUGGCGCGGAGAACUACGAGGGCAAGGAGAUCUGCAUCCUGGGCGGAGGCGAUGGCGCCCUGCUGUACGAGCUGCUCAAGGAGAACCCCAAGCACGUGGUCAUGCUGGAGAUCGACGAGCUGGUCAUGCAGGCCUGCAACAAGUACCUCAGCGUGAUCUGCGGCGAUGUGCUGGAGAAGCGGAAGACCGACCAGUACGAGAUUAUAGUGGGCGACUGCGUCGACUACUUGAAGAAGUUCAUCGCCGAGGGCCGGAAGUUCGACUAUGUGUUCGGGGACCUGACCGACAUACCCAUCACGGACACUCCCGAGGGAGAGACCUGGGACUUCAUUCGCACCAUCUUCGAGCACUCGUUCCAGGUGCUGAAGCCGGACGGCAAGUAUCUGACCCACGGAAACGGGUCCACCUGCACUGUGGGCCUGCGCCUGUUCGAGGAGCAGUUGGAACUGCUGCGCCCCAAGGUCAAGUUCACCACCACCAAGGCCUUUGUGCCGUCGUUCAUGGAAGAGUGGCUCUUCUAUCAAGUGACCUUCGCCUGACCAGCUCAAGGAGGUUCCCCAGCAGCAGCACCAGCAGAAGCUACUUCCAGCCACACACCAGCAUCACACAUCAUCAGCCCACUCCCGCUGCACUCCUACACAGUUACUCUACACGGAGCGGCGGCGGAAGUCGGGGGAAAGGAUAGGGAUAAGGAGAACAAGGAGAAGGAGAAAAAGGAGGAGGAAAACGAAAAGGAGCCUACGAAGCCACGGCGAAGGCGUCGCCAAAAGCGGGUGCACUAUCACCACGCCCUGGUUUCGUAGUCGAGUCGUAGAGAGCACAAGCUGAGAAGCGAUCGCCACCAUCGAAAUCAUCACCCAAAAAGCUAACAAAAUGAAACAAGGAAACACGCACUUCCAAUGGCUGUUACUUACAAUUGAAAACCAAACCAAAUAUUGAACCCAAUUCGUUUACGCUUAAGUUAGGCUUUAGUUCCGUUUCUCGUCCACUCUAAACUGAUUUCUAUGAUAAAUUAAGUAAAAAGUAAAACCCUCGUUGCGCCGGGACAGGCCGAAUAAAUCUUAUGUACCGUGUUUUGUUUGAAUUAAGCCUAAGCUUAGAAUGUUGGCACCUACUUGUAGUAUUUUCGUAUAACGUGUAUAUCUACUAUCUAUCUGUAUAUGUAGGGCGUAUGUUUAGUUACCAUUAACGGAAGAAAUUGUAUCGGAAGGCUCGCCGGAGAAGGUGUGGAUGAGGGUGUGAGGCUAGCAGUGGUAGCAGUGAACACCAACUUUUAAUGCUGUAAUAAUGAUUAAUACCAAACAUUUUAAAGAAGAGUACUUAAAAAGUAAUAAAUAGUCUUAUGCAGAA